CGCCGCACGUUGCGCGGGGAGCCGCCGCGGGAGCCGGAGACCCCGGGGAGGAGCGGCUCGGCAGCCGGCACCCACCGCGGGAGGGGCGGCGGCGGCCGGAGCGACGUCGGGAGGCGAGCGGAGCCGCCAUGGCCGAGUUCCCGUCGAAAGUGAGCACGCGGACCAGCAGCCCCGCGCAGGGCCCCGGCGCCUCGGUCUCCGCGCUGCGCCCGGACCUGGGCUUCGUGCGCUCCAGCCUCGGUGCGCUCAUGCUGCUGCAGCUGGUGCUGGGGCUGCUGGUGUGGGCCCUGAUUGCUGACACCCCGUACCACCUGUACCCGGCCUACGGCUGGGUCAUGUUCGUGGCUGUCUUCCUCUGGCUGGUGACAAUCGUCUUUUUCAUCCUCUACCUGUUUCAGCUGCACAUGAAAAUGUACAUGGUGCCCUGGCCGCUGGUGUUAAUGAUAUUCAAUGUGGGCGCCACUGUUCUCUACAUCACGGCCUUCAUCACCUGCUCUGCCACCGUCGAGCUGACGUCACUGAAGGGCACCCGGCCCUAUAACCAGCGUGCGGCGGCCUCUUUCUUUUCGUGUUUAGUGAUGAUUGCCUACGGAGCGAGCGCUUUCUUCAGCUUCCAGGCCUGGCGGGGAGUGGGCAGCAAUGCAGCCACCAGUCAGAUGGCUGGGGGCUACGCCUAGACCACCCGUGCCAUGGCCCACCUUGGGGCUGAAGGCUGUAGCCGGGUCCCAGUGUGGGGCGGCCCGUGAGCCCGAGGCCUGAGCCCUCUGUGGAGUUGGCCUGGAAGGGACUACACUUGCUCUGCUUGUCAGACUCGGGCUCACCCAGCACUCCUGAGGAAUCAGGAUCCAUCCUCUGGUUUGGCCCAAGUCAGCAAGCACAGGGGCUGGAAGGAGGCCAGUGGCCGAGACUGUCUGCCCAUCUGUAUUUAGUGGAAGGUGACGGGGGAUAUGGGGCUGUCAGUGUCUCUGCUUUGUCUUUUUACUUCAGUGUCCCAGGCUGGGGCCCAGGCUUCUCACCAACACUAAGUACACUAACAAGGACUCCAGACCUGCAGCCCCUGACCCUCCGUAGAAUAAGCCUAACAAGCUACGUGUAUUUAUCUUAGUCUUUGUUCUGGGACUGCAGAGCAAGUUUUCAAAACCGGUCUGAUUCCUUAAAACACAAUUUGUUUUUUCUUAAGUAGGCUCCAUGCCCUGCGUGGAGCCCAAUGCAGGGCUUGAACUCACGACUGAGACCUGAGCUGAGAUCAAGAGUUGGCCACUUAACCGGCUGAGCCACCCACGUGCCCCCCACCACCGCCACCUUAAAACACAGUUCUGACUUGACCCUUCCCCAAACCAGAGGCUGCUUCAAGGGAGACCUUUGUGGGAAGAGGGUUAUGGUAUCUGACAGCAUGGUCUUCCUCUCCUGCAUUCCAAACGUACGAGUGAUUUCACACAAUCGGUUGGAAGCAACUUCUCAGUGAUGAAAUACCCAGCCAGCCUUCCUCCCUCUCCCCAGCCCUUGUUUGUAAUACU